UUCAGGUUCACCUUGACUCCAGGAGCUCCUGCGCAGCCAGCAGGUACCUGCUCCUGCACCUGUUUCCCUCACACCUGCCCUGCAGCUGCUCCUACCCACCUCUCCAGGCUGAGUCUGGCCAGCGUGACACCCCGGAGACACCCUCUCCUCCUCCAGUCUCACCUGCAGCUCCUACAUUCAGCUCCUCUAGGGAAAGCCUCACCUCCAGCACAGAGCAGUCCGGAUUACAGCAGAAAGCCCGGCCUGGGCUUAGGGACCGCCAUGACUGAAGUCGGCUGGUGGAAGUUGACUUUCCUCCGGAAAAAGAAAUCCACCCCCAAAGUGCUCUAUGAAAUCCCUGACACCUACGCCCAAACGGAGGGAGGUGCUGAGCCGCCCGGCCCCGACACCGAAGGCCCUCACAGCGACUUUAACACCCGCCUGGAGAAGAUUGUGGACAAGAACACCAAAGGCAAACACGUCAAAGUCUCCAACUCCGGCCGCUUUAAGGAGAAGAAAAAAGUCCGGGCCAUGCUGGCAGAGAACCCCAACCUCUUUGAUGACAGGGAGGACAAAGGACAAUGAAGGCAGCCGAGGAGGACACUAGCACCUCCCUGCUCCCUGCCACUGGUGGGGUCCGAGGCAGGAGCUUGCCACGCUGGCCUCUUUGGUCAUAGCUGAAGCCAUGGUGGCAGGUGAUGCCUGCUGGCAGGAUCGCCUGGUUCUUAGGUUUGUAUUUAUGUGCCCCAGAUUUAUGAAGGGCCUGGGAGAUCCCAGGGUCCUCUCCCCAUGAUCACAUACAAAGGCACUCUGGUCCAGGAUGAAAAAUGGCCACCUAGAAGUACAACCGUCCUUGGCACAGUGGCUUGGCUCACGGGGAGGCAGCAUGGCAGAGAACAGACUGGGAGCCUGACAGACCCCACCUUCUCCCUGGGCACAGGGUCAAGGGUGAACUUGGAUCGCUGUUCCCUCUACUUUCUCUACCUGUGACUUGUUCCCCCAGACCAAUCCGAGGAGAGCAGAGGUUCCAGAAAGUCACGUGAUAGCGGUUUCCUUGGUGACAGAGGCGGAGUUGUUGAACUUGAGAUCACCUCUUAAUUCAAGGAGUAAACUUCCUGGAACUUUGCUCCCCAGAGUGGAGGGGCAAAGGACACCGCACUGCCUGGGCUGCAACAGAAGGCCAGAUCAGAAACUCCUGAGUUAUUGCCUCGACUGCCCCUUGUGUGGGUGCUGAAUUACAUAACCCCAAAGGGAGACCUCACUAGCCCAAGGGUCCAAACUGGAGGAAUGGAUGGAGUUUUCCUCUACCCAUUCCCAGAUAGUAUUUAAGAUGGAUCAGCCCCAGAAGUCAGUCCUGGAGCCUUGAAUUUUGUUUGAAAAGUAAUGGUAGGUUUUACCUAGUAAUAAACAAUGCUGCAGAAACAGAG